CUUGGCAAAUGUUGCUUGAUGAAUAAAGGCCUGGUUGGAUACUAUUCCAUUUGUACUAUGUCAUGGGAGGAAGGAAUGAGCCAUUAACCUCUUUUUUUAGAGUAGUCUGAAAACUUAAGAGGAGCUGGGGCUUUGUCAUUAUAACUGGGUUCUGCUCUCAGAAGUGCCCACCUGCUGCCACGGAACUGUAAGUUGCAUAUUCAGAUCUCAGUCCAUCCAUGCCUGUGUUCUCUUCCAGGACAAAUAGAUCAGCUGGCCUACAUCUCACCAAAUGAGUACUGAUUUGAUGGAGGGGCGAAGUCUGUGGUGUGCACUGUGUCAUCAGACUGUACCAUGCGUGCCUGGGAUCUGCAUGAGGGCACAGAGAUCUGGUCCAGCCCUGUGCAACCUGCUCCUCUGGUAAGUUUGGUGGCCUAUCCUCAGCUGCAGCUGGUUGUUACUGUGGACACACAGGGAUUGAUCAUUGUGUGGAAAGCAGAGACUCGAUGUGAACAGGCCUCCUUCUGCUUGCCAACCUCCUCUUCUGCCAUGGAAGCCUGUGACCAUCCAGAUGGAACCUUCCUGCUGGUGGCCUGUGCUGAAGGGAACCUCUAUGUGCUGACAGUGCCUCAACUGCAAGUGGUCUCCAGAGUGAUUACAUUUCCUCACCUCUCUGUUAACCUCACAUGCUCUCCUGACCAACAGUGGGUUUUUGUGUCUCCACAAGAUUCAGACUCGGGCCCAAAGGUGUUCCACACGCAGUCCUUGCCACACCAGUCAGAAGACAAGUCUCCUGUCUCCACCACCUUCCCCAUCAGGCAGAGUUCCAGAGCCUGCUGGGCUCCUGAUGAGGCAGCCAGACUGAUGGUGAUGCACAGAGAUGACAGGGGCACGCAACUGGUUGUCACUACCUUUGAGUUAAAGACCAAGAAAUCCAGGGAUAGAGUGAACAUCCUGGUACAACAGCUGGCCAGUUUCCCCUUGCCGGACACCAUGAUGCCUCAGCUCAUGCAGGGCCACGGCUCCCAGGUGAUCCUGCUGGCCUCCGGGUCAGAGCUGGUGGUGUUCACCAUACACGGCCUGCAGCUGGUAGCCUUUCAGGACCAUCAGAGGCCCAUCACAUCCAUGUGGGUGGACCUGAACCGAGUCAUCACCUCUUCGUUGGACCUGUCUUUGCGUGUCUAUCUGUGGAAUAAGGAAAAUAAACGUCCAGUCCUCAAGAGCUGCUAUCAUUUGCUUGAGGGAUCUCACAGAUAGGCCAGUGGAUUUACCCGCGUGAAAAGCGACAGCAUGAGCAUUGCAGGUGUGGAAGCCAGAAGCUCUGGAACAAGCAUCCUGAGGUCCUGUUACUACAAAGUUCAGCUCGACUAGAGCCCACCAGUUGAAAAUGAUCUUGCUUUGCAGACUCUUGACCAAAGAUGUUGCCUGUUCUCACACCCAGGUUCUCAGAAAGAACCAUUGUGGAGAAAGCAGCAAAGCCUCAGAAGAGAGGGAAGAAAUGUCUUUUAAAAUGUUUGUUCCAAUUAGCUGCAACAACCAAGGAAGAAUGAUCAACGUGGGAUGUCGGCUGCUUCCGAUAAUGGCCAACACACGGACUCGCACACUCUUCAGUUAUGCUAAUACAUAGCAGCUAACAACAAUCUGUAACUCCAGGUCCAGGGGAUUCAACACCCUCUUCUGA